AUGGAGAAAGUAAGACAGUGGAAAAAUGUUGCCAUCAAUUUGUUCAGAGAAGAGAAAGGCAACCCUGAGAUUAUACGCGAGUCGCAACGGCGUCGCUUCGCCAGUGUCGAUCUCGUCGACGAGAUCAUCAGACUUGACAAAGAAUGGCGCCAGCGUCAAUUUGAUUUAGAGAAUAUCCGGAAAGAGAUCAACAGCAAUAAGGAAAUAGCUAAGCUCAAAUUAUUGCUGAAAUUUGUGCCACCAAACACAGCCCUAACUGAAAUUCUUGGAACGCUUAAAUGGUAUUUGGAUGCAGAAGCAGAAUGCCGACUAUUUCCGAAAGAUGAUGCAACUGAGAUGAUCGCAAAGUCAGAGGUGGUCAAGCAAGCAACAACUGACAAAGAAGUUGAAGUUCGUGAGGCAUGGACUGUAUUGAAAUCAAAGUUGGAAAUAGUUGGAAACCUUGUGCAUGAUUCAGUACCAGUCAGUAAUGAUGAGGCGAAUAAUGCUGUGAUUAGAACAUGGGGAGAGAAAAGAUUGGAGCCAAAACUGAAGAAUCACGUUGAGCUUGUUGAGCUUCUUGGAAUCGCAGAUUUGAAGAAAGGUGCUGAUGUCGCUGGGGGUAGAGGUUUUUACUUGAAAGGAGAUGGUGUACGGCUUAAUCUAGCUUUGAUAAAUUUUGGUCUUGAUUUCUUGGAGAAAAGAGGAUAUACAUCAUUACAAACUCCAUUCUUCAUGAGAAAAGACAUUAUGGCCAAGUGUGCUCAGUUAGCACAGUUUGAUGAAGAGCUUUACAAGGUGACUGGUGAGGGAGAUGAUAAGUACCUUAUUGCGACAGCUGAACAGCCACUUUGUGCUUAUCAUAUAGAUGAUUGGAUCCAUCCUUCUGAGCUACCGAUAAGAUAUGCUGGAUACUCAUCAUGCUUCCGUAAAGAAGCUGGUUCACACGGACGAGAUACUCUUGGAAUUUUCCGAGUUCAUCAGUUUGAGAAAGUGGAGCAAUUCUGCAUCACCAGUCCAAAUGGCAAUGACUCAUGGGAAAUGCACGAGGAAAUGAUUAAAAACUCGGAAGAUUUUUACAAGAUGCUAAGCAUCCCCUAUCAAAUUGUGUCCAUUGUCUCUGGUGCUUUGAAUGAUGCAGCUGCAAAGAAGUACGAUUUAGAAGCAUGGUUUCCUGCAUCGCAAACCUAUAGAGAGUUGGUGUCAUGUUCAAACUGUACAGAUUAUCAGUCAAGAAGAUUGGAGAUUCGAUAUGGACAGAAAAAGAGCAAUGAACAGACGAAGCAAUAUGUGCACUUGUUGAACUCUACACUCACAGCAACUGAAAGAACCAUUUGCAGUAUCCUUGAGAACUACCAGAAGGAAGAUGGUGUUGAAGUACCAGAAGUCUUACAACCGUUCAUGGGUGGCAAGACUUUCCUGCCUUUCAAAAUAAAACCAGUUGCUGAAGCUAAAGGGAAGAAAUCCAAGGCUUAGCCACCGAGUGCAGAUUGACGGAGAUGUUAACGAUCUGCAAAAUCUGUUUUUUCUUGGUGGAAACAUUGAGAAGUGACAUAAAAGAUUGUUGUGUAUUGAAUUGCCAAGCAGGAUUAGCCUUGUUUUUGUGAACCAUGUCUUAAAGUUUAUACAUUAUGUUUACAGGAUUUGUCAUUAAAUUAUAGAACUACAAAAGUUUGCUACUCUUCAGUCAUUGAAGAUAUAAAAAUAUUUGUCCAAGUAUCAUAGUCAUUGAAGGUUUGAUUUGGCCGAGAUCUA